AUAUUUUAUUUUUGAAUGAUAAUGUUAUACUCUCACUUCAUAAAAAACACAUACAUUUUACAUUUUUUUUUUAUUUCACUUUUAUUGUAGUAAUAUUUUGCUGUGAUUAUAUAUAUAAACUGAUACGAAAACGGAACUCGUGUUCAUUCUUUCACAUAUUUCGUCCAUUUAAAGUAAAGUUGCAAUGUGACGACUACCCACACACGAUAUAUAAACAUGGAAUGUCGGUUAUUAAAAUGAUUUUCAUUAACAAGAAGAAAUAUCUGUAUAUAAAUGUGUAAUUAAAAAUAAUAAAAAGAACUAAUAAAAAUUUUAGUUAUUUUUGUUAUGUAUGUUUCUAUUAUUAUUAUUUAACUUCACUUUAUAUUUUUAUAUAAUUAAAACUUAUACCUAGAGUUUAAAGAACGCAAUAUAUGAAAUAUUGCAAUUAAUAGAAGAAAUUAUAAACAAACGACAUGAUUACUAAUAAUUUUGAUGUAUACUGUAUAAUGCAGCAACACUUCUUGCAACAACAAAUUAUUUUAUAGUUAAAUCAAAAAUAAGAUUUUAAUGUCUUCUGUAUAAAGCAACAAAUUCGAAUACUAAUAUCGAUUGAAUUUUUUAUUUUUAUUCAUUUGUCACUUAAAUUACAGAAUGUACAUUACUCUGAAAGAAUUAGCAAUUAUUUUUAAGAAUGAUUAAAACCAAUUAAAAGUAAUGGAAAAAUUUGUUAGAAAUGAGACAUAUUUUAAUCUAUAAUAAUGUAUUACAUAAGUGCAGUUAAAAUAUAAACGUCUAAAAGAAACGUAUAGUAUAAUUGAGUAUAGGCAGUAAAUUAUUGUUAUAUUUUAGUAGUCACAAUUUCAAAAAAAAGUGAUGGAAAAUAUGAUCUGUUUUGUGCAGUAAUAUAAUAAAUAUUUAAAAAUUAUAAUAUUAACUUAUAUAUUGGAGAAUAUAUUGAAGAAUAUUCAUUAUUGAAAAUGACAUUAUAUACAGUAACAUCAGAAAUAUACACAGAAAAUAAAAAUUCUUCUGUGAAGUUAAAAAAUGGCACUGCAAUAUCCAGCUUUAUUUUUAAGUGUCCAUCCUAUAUGAUUAAACCGGACUUUACUAAUAAUAUUAUAACACAUGAUAGUGAUGAUGACAUAGAUAUAGACAGACAAACAGAAGGGAAAUUAAUAAUAGAACAUCGUGUAUCUACAAAUCUACAACACGUGGGAUUACAAGUAUGGCGAGGUGCCUUAUUACUAGCUGAUUAUAUUUUAUCAAAUCCUGAUUUAUUUAAGGAUAAGAUAGUUCUAGAAUUAGGAGCUGGAGUUGGUUUAACGAGCAUAGUUGCAAGCUUUCUAGCUAAAGAAAUAAUUUGUACAGAUGUUGAUCUAGAAGGAAUUUUAAAAUUAAUACAUAGAAAUUUUUUAAGAAAUAGCGCUUACAUCAAAUCUAAAGUUUCUAUUAAAGAAUUAAACUUUUUAAAUUUAACAUGGCCUACAUUUUAUGAAAAAAGAAUAAAUGAAGCAACAAUUAUUCUGGCUGCGGAUGUAAUAUACGAUGAAAACAUAACGGAAGGGUUUGUUCAAACAUUAAAGAAACUUUUAACUUCAGAAAUUCAAAAGGUAGUUUAUAUUGCUUUAGAAAAAAGAUAUGUUUUCACUACAGUCAAUAUGGACACUACAGCUCCAAUGUAUGAAGAAUUUUUAAAAUGCAUUGAGGCACAGAAAGAAAAUUGGCAUAUAGAAUAUAUUAAAAUAGACUUUCCACGAUAUUUCAAGUAUGAUAGAUUAAAGCAAAUGGUACUCAUGAAAAUACAAAAUAAAUUAAGUGAAUAAUUUAACUUAAUACUUAAUAAUUAGGAUAAAAAAUAAAUGAGAAAGAUGCUAAAUUAUAAUAAUUAGUAAAUAAAUUCUGAACAGUAUUAAGUAUGCAAUAGUAACAGUAUUGUAGGGAUUAAAAAAUGUAGUGACAAAUUAGAAAAUUAAUCUCAAUUAAAAACUAUUUAUAACAAUUAAAGAAAUUUACAUACAUGAUCGUUAUUAAUUUUUUUAUAAGAUUGGAAGAAGGUUAUAUAAUUUAUAAAUUAUAACUUUGUAAAAACAUGUAUGUAUUUAGAGAUAGAAAUUCUUUUCCAUUUACUCAAUGGUAUUACUGCUUGUGAUUUAAAAAAACAUUUGAUUACUAUAAAUCAACUACUAUGUGUGUGUGUGUGUGUGUAUAUGUGUGUAUGUAUAUAUAUAUAUAUAUAUAAAUAUGUACAUAUGUAAAUACUAGACUCAGUCAAAACUGGAUAAUCAAUAUUAUUAUAGCUCUUUUAUAAUGAAUUGACUUCAAAGAGAAAUGCAUAGAACCAGAAGAGAUAAGACAAACAUAAAUAGGAAUGUCCAUUAUAUCUUGCUAUGGUAUCAUAUACAACCUAUGAAUUGCUCCAUUUUCUUAUCUCCUGGCUUCACGUACAUUUUCUUUGGUUCAAUUAAUUUUCAGAGCAAUUAUAAAUUGGGAUAUUCUGCUAAUAAAAGUACUUUUAUCUGUA